AUGACACAGUUACAGUGUUGCGGUGUGGAGGGGCUGCGCGACUGGCAAGAUUCUGCUUGGGCGGGCGGCGAGAAUGGGGCGGGAGGGGAGAGCGGGGUAGUCAGGGCGGGUAGUGCCCUUGACCUAUCUGUCAGCGCCCCCGCCCUCUACUACUGGGUGCCCGCUUCCUGCUGUGCAUGUGUGCGGGGCCGGGGGAUUACACGGAGUACUGUUGCAGACGGAGGACGCGUACGAGUGCGAGGCGGCGCGGAGGGUGCGCGUGGGCGGGGAGGGUGCGGAGGCGGGCGGGGUGGGCGGCGGCGCGCUGCACUCGGCGGGGUGCGGCGCGCGGGCCGUGCGUGCGCUGGCGGCGGCGGCGCACGCGCGCCGCUGUGCGCGCGUUGGGCGGCGGCGCACGCGCCGCUGUGCGCGGCCGCGGCGCUGCUGGCGGCGCACGUGCUCGCGCUGCUGCUGGCGCUGGCGCUCGCGCUUAGACCCAAGCCGCACACCGCUUACAAGGCUUAG